AUGCCAUCUUAUUCGUCACCAUUGCCAUCAUAUGUGACACCAGGAUGGAACGAUCCGCCCGUAAAUGUUAAUAGUAAUGGUACCACAUCUAACAAUCGUCUUUUAACUCAUAAAUAUCGGAGGCCUGUCCAUCCAUCCAUCCAAGUAUUGUUUUUUUUGUUUUAUGGAAUUCAAACUGUUCAUAUUCAGCCAUCAUCACGACCUAAAGAAGCUGAUUUAGCGACACGAAUGUCUACAACUUCCAGUUCACAUAAUUCUCUUCAAACUUCUCAUUCACAACAGUUUUCUGACUAUCGUAAUUCGGUUUAUGAUGCUUUUACUAUUCCAAGUGCCUCCUAUAAUGAUUCUUAUGGUUUCGCACAAAUUCGUUUAUCAACUAGCGAUUCGAAUUUUUUUUAUUCAAAUACAAUACCACAACAACAAAAUUUCACGUCUUCAUCCUUCACGCAUUCGUUGAGUGCGCAACCACACAGAGCUUUAACAUUUCCAAUAGAAACCAAUCCGGCAGCAAUGAUUUAUACUCCACCAAAUGUAAUAACUGAAAAUGAUAAAAGGCCUGCCACAUCGCCUGUUCAUCCUUCGUAUAUUACGCCAAUAAAAGCAGCUGGUGAUGUCUCAUUAACAGGUGCACAACUCGCGCAAUUCAUGAUUAAAGCCACUCUGAAAUUGCAACCAUUCUACAUUGUUAAAUCAAAUGCUUUUCAGGGUGUGACGCAAGAUGGAAUAAGACUUAGAAUAGAUCAGUUUCAAGAAAUGGUUCACAAUGAUGGAAUCUCUGAGGGUUGCCUAAAAAAAUUGAAUUUUGUUGUUGAUGGUAUCAAUUUUUGCAUUUUAGCUAUGGAUCGUGGAUUAUAUAUUGAAGCAACAAAUUUUUUCGAAUUGAUGCAGCAGUCCUAUCCUAUUGAAACGAAAUCAGGCUGGGCUCAAGGUCUGAAAUUACUGCUAAAUGAGUUACGGAAGCCAACUCGAGUAAACAUCUCUGGUCCAAUUUGCAGUUAG